GCAAUCCAAGUAGCAAAACACUCUAAUUCGACCUGCGUAUUUUAUUGCUUAUCAGUUGUGAAUCACUUCGCAAUGUUUGACAAUAUGACGUCUGGGAAAAGUUUGCAGGAAGGGGGGGAAGAGUUCAGACGGUUGGCACUCAGGAGGCGACGAUUAAAUGGUCCCAGCAGUGGAGUCCCCUGUACCGCCGGCCCCCACAGCUGCACCCCUGGGAGCCAUGGAGGAUUUCUAGAUGGACUGGGGACCCUCACCAGUGGCCACCCGCAGCUCACAGCACAAGUGCCAUCAUCGCCAGUGAGGCUAAAGAGUCCUCUAAUAGACCACACCGAAUCCUGGCAGAGUGAUAAACGGAGCCCUGGCACCAAGAUGGAGGCCGAGGAAGAUAUGAACGAGGCCAGUCCUUCCAAACUCACCAAUGUGUCAGACCUCAUCAGCCGCUUUGAGGAAACCAGCCUGAACAACGCUAACGCCAAUGGCUCGUCCCUGAAGCCCAGCGAGGACGCCAGAGGUGACCCCGACUCGGAGGAGAGCCCGCAGAGGCGCUCGCAGCCAGGCACUGGCCUGUCUCAGGAUGCGCACCAGUCCCCACCCGACGACGACAACGACGACGACGACGACAACGCACUAAUGCAAGCGGAGGAGGUGAAGGAGAUGCAGGAGGAGGAGGUGGCGGCAGUGGCCGGAGAGGCCCCAGCCCUGGUGAACGGGGACGGGGAAGCGACUGAGGGCCAGAAGCAGGAGCUGAGGCCCGGCGGGGAGGAGGUGGCACCUCCAGCAGCUCCUGCUGCUCCUGCUGCAACAGACACCGACGGCUCAAAGGAGCAGCAGGCUGCCCAGCCGCAGCAGGCCUGCAGAGAGGAGCCAGCCCCCGAGAUGAAGGAAACCAGAGAGCAGAAGCUCUACAAGAUAGCCAAUGAGCUCCUGCACACAGAGAAAGCCUAUGUCACGCGGCUCCACCUGCUGGACAAGUUAUUCUGUGCUAGGCUGACUGAGGAGGCUACAAAGGGCUCAUUCCCAGUGGAGGUGGUAAAUAGCAUCUUCUCCAACGUGGGCUCCAUAUACGCCUUUCACAGCCAGUUCCUGCUGCCAGACCUGGAGAAGCGCAUGAGCCAAUGGGCUUCCACUCCACGAAUUGGCGACAUCCUUCAGCAGCACGCUCCUUUCCUGAGGAUGUACGCGGAGUACGUGAAGAACUUUGACAGCGCCAUGGAGCUCCUGAAACAGUGGACCGAGCGCUCGGCCGCAUUUCGAGCUGUUCUCCAGGAGGUGCAGGGUCUCCAGGAGUGUGGGAGUCUCACCCUGCAGCACCACAUGUUGGAGCCGGUUCAGAGGGUUCCACGUUACGAGAUGCUGGUGAAGGACUACCUGAAGAAACUCCCGGAAGACGACUCGGAUCGUAGAGAUGCAGAAAAAUCGCUGAACAUGAUCUCCAUGGCUGCCACUCAUUCCAACAGUGCCAUUCGAAAGCUGGAGAACCUCAAGAAGUUGUUGGAGAUCCAUGAAAUGCUGGGUGGGGAGGAGGAUAUCGUGCACGCCUCCAAUGAGCUCAUCAAGGAGGGACACAUCCUUAAGCUGGCAGCCAGGAACACCUCGGCCAUGGAGAGAUACCUUUAUCUGUUCAACAACAUGCUGCUGUAUUGCACUCCCAAGUUCAGCUUGGUGGGCCAGAAGUACACAGUCCGCACGCGAAUUGGAGUUGAUGGCAUGAAGGUCGUGGAAACCUCAAACGAGGGCCACUCUCACACUUUCCAGGUGUCCGGCAAGGAGAGGACUCUGGAGCUGCAGGCCAGGUCAGGGCAAGACAAAGAGGACUGGAUAAAGGUCCUCAAUCAGACCAUCGAGAUAUUUCAGCAGAAGAAUGAAACGCUGAAACGAGAAGCAGAUGAAGUGUCGAAAGAGGAGCUGGGGAGGCGGGCUCCACGCUGGAUCCGUGACAAUGAGGUGACCAUGUGCAUGAAAUGCAAGGAGCCCUUCAACGUUCUGACACGCAGAAGACACCACUGCCGAGCCUGUGGCUAUGUGGUUUGUGCCAAGUGCUCAGACAACAAGGCGUCUCUUGAGUACGACGGCAACAAGAUGAACAAGGUGUGUAAAGACUGCUACUUUGUCCUGACGGGCCGCAUGGAGGGAGAGGAGAAGCCCGAGUACAAGAGGAACGACAGCAAGAAAAAGGGCAUUCUGGAGAUUGAGGCCGCACAGAUUUCAAGCAACGCCCUGUUAUGUGGCUUCCUGCAUCACAGUGAGAAGGCCAAGCCCUGGCAGCGGGUGUGGUGCAUUAUCCCCAAGAAAGAGGCGCUGGUGCUCUACCUGUAUGGAGCCCCUCAGGACGUGAAGGCCCUCUCCACCAUUCCUUUGGUGGGCUACAUGGUGGAGGAAAGUGCCCGUCCCGGGGACCCUCCCAGCAGCUUUCGCCUGUGCCAGUCCAAGUCCGUCCACAGCUUCGCGGCCGAGAACGAGGAGCUGAGGCAGCGCUGGCUGCAGGUGAUCCGGUUGGCAGUAAAGGGGGAGGUACCCGAGAGCCCCCUCAACAGCCCUGUUACGCCCAACGGUGGCAUGGAGCUAGCCUAUGACUGCUCUGAAUAGACUGCGCAAUGGCAGUGGCACACUGUGGCAGUCUCAAUUUGCUGUGGAUAGACAACGCCACUGAGAUGUGAAUAGAGCAUGCAGUGCUGUAGCAGACCAGCUACGGCUUGGCAUGUUGUGCACCAGCUCACACUGAUGGGAUGAGUAAGGUAUCUCAGACAGAAAGGACCGUGGUAUCUAUGUGUGCGCACCAACCCACAGAAAAACACGAUCACCCACACUCACACAGAUAUACUCACGGUUGCCCAAAGUAACUGUGAUGGCAUACAGUACAUUACAUACACACACACUCUCUCUCACAUACACACACACACACACACGCACACACACAUAGAGGAAGACACUGCAAGAUGUCGAGCUUGAGAAAUGCAGAUCUCAACUGCCUGUGUGAAACGUUGAAAAACUCAAUGUCUUGGCUUCAGGCUUCUACUGUGAUCCAAAUGGAAACUAUGUCAAUCCUGCGGCAAAGGUCUUUUAAACCAACUUUGUUAAAGGGCUCUCCGUUUGAGAACAAGGCCAGCAGGGGCAAAGCACUGCAGUGACAACUGGGCAUUUAGUGUCACAGGAUGCACUUGUUGUCUGUUACACAAUGCUACUAGGACACUGAUGAGAGAAGUAAGUUGCUGUUUCCACUCUUUCUAAUUUGACACCUCAAUGCCACUUCCUCAAAUGUUUUAAUGGCGAUGUUCAUUCAUUACUUGUAUCUCGCAACUUUUUUCUAUCUGAUUGUUAAUACAAAUUUAACCAAAUGUAUAAUAUAUGCUCUGUAAUAUAUGCUAUUUUAGAGGUUGUCAGUAAUUUGAAUAAAAGUUUGUUCUAAUUUUG